GCAACUGCCCCUUUUUUCUUUUCCGAGGAAAACGCCCACAAUCUCAAACCACCCCUUCUCCUAUCUUCGCAACCAAUCCACACUCCUCAAUAUUCGAACACAUAAACACACACACCUGAAUACAAGGGCAAAACAGGAAACAAAAAUCUAUCUUUCUGCAUCAAGUCUCUGCAACAUUUCAUUUUUCUUGAUUUUUUUAGGUUCAAACACAUAUGAUUUCGACGCUAUUGUAACUCCCCGAAAAUGAAGACCGAAAGCAUUCAACAUUCAAAGGGAUCGUGGUCUAAAAUGAAGAGAAAGUGGUUGAAUUUGAAGAAAGGAGCAGAAGGUUUUCAUUCUGAUUUUUUUUCUGUAAAUGUUACACCUGAUAGGAGUGAAAGAAGGAAGAGUUGCUCCGACGAUGGCAGAUACGCUGUCGUACCGGAGGAGUUAUCAGAAGAAUGGUUGACAAAUGAUGAUGAUAUUGGACGGUCGAGACAGGAGAAAGUUGAUCUCAGUAUGUUUGUUGGGACAUGGAACGUAGGAGGAAAUUGCCCAAACAAGGACUUGGACGUGAAAGACUGGCUUAAAACAUCAUCCCCUGCUGAUAUGUAUGUCAUUGGGUUUCAAGAAAUUGUACCCCUAAAUGCAGGCAAUGUACUGGGAGCUGAGAACAAAAGCCCUGCUGUCAAGUGGCUAUCACUUAUUCAUGAAGCCUUGAAUACUAACCCUCAACUUCCACAUAAUUACAAUCCUACCCCAACCUUUGACCACCAUCAGUCAGCCCCAAAGCCAAGAGCCAGCUUCUCUGAUCUUCUAUCACUUGAAGAUGAACUUGGUCAUGAGGAAUUCCAAAGGAUUUUCAAUAACGAUGUUAGUUCUCCGUUAAGCGAGAUUAACAAUCCCGAGACUAUGCUGAAUCCAGGGUUCAGCUUAGUUGCAAGUAAGCAAAUGGUCGGGAUCUUUCUUUGUAUAUUUAUUCGCAAUGAUUUGCGACGUUAUGUUAGCGAGUUGAAGGUGUCAUGUGUUGGAAGAGGCAUCAUGGGAUAUCUUGGAAAUAAGGGGUCUAUUUCCAUUAGCGUGACAUUACACCGUACUACAUUUUGCUUUGUGUGUACCCAUUUGGCGUCGGGGGAGAAAGAAGGGGACGAGUUCAAGAGAAACUCAGACGUGACAGAAAUCUUGAAAAAGACAAGAUUUUCUCGUUCAUUUAGAACACUUGGAAAACUCGUUCCUCCUAGUAACAUUUUGGGUCACGAAAAGAUAAUUUGGCUCGGAGAUUUAAAUUAUCGAUUGUCAUCGACGUCUGAUGAUGUACACGAAAUCCUACAAAGAAACGAUUGGCAAGCGCUUCUAGAGAAAGAUCAGUUAAAAAUAGAGCAAAAGGCCGGGCGAAUCUUCAAGGGAUGGGAAGAGGGAGAAAUAUGUUUCGCGCCUACGUAUAAAUAUGUCAUGAAUUCCGAUCGCUAUGUGGCACAAACUUCUACUCCUAAAGAAAAAAGACGUACUCCCGCAUGGUGUGACCGAAUUUUGUGGAAAGGCGAAGGACUAAAGCAGAUGUCAUAUGUAAGAGGUGAAUCAAAAUUCUCAGAUCAUAGACCGGUUAAUUCUUUAUUCUCUGUUCAAGUAAAUUUGCCUCCAAACGAGAAUAAAGACAACUUCAAGGAUCCAAACACGAGGUCUUCGCUAUUACCGGUUUGUGUAGCAAAAGGCCAAGACCAAGGGUUGUUGAUAAGCAAGACAACAAGUUGCAUAGAGGUGCAUUGAGUUGUUUAUAGCUUGGAUACGACCGUAGGGGUACAAUGGUAAUGUUACACCGGUGCCGUGGCUGUGGAGAAGAUGACAAAAGGGUAAACAUGAAACCUACGUAUCAACGUAAUUUAUGGAAGGAAUUCGGCUGGCUUUGAAUAUUAUAUUCACUAUUUACAUUCUUAGGGUUUUGUGAAUUGUAAUCAUUUUGUGAAAAGAAAGUAUUUUUUAUUUUUAUUUUAUUAUUUUUAGAAAGUAGAAAACAGUCAAGAGAGGUUUACAUAGUCAAUGGGCUAUCAUUGAAGAACACUCUUGCCAAUUUUGUCAAGCUAUUUUAUAUGAAUCUUAAGCUGCUUUUCUUGAAUUU